AUGAAUAGGAUCGCUACCGUCGAUGCGCUUAAUAGACGUAACAUUGGAGUUGGUAGUUCGGCUUGUGGGCUUUGCGAGGAAGAUGAAGAGAGUGUUGAGCACUUGUUUACAUCGUGUUAUUUUGCGUCUAUGCUUUGGACGUUGAUUAGUAAUUGGUGCAAGUGUCUCCCGAUGGUGGUUUUUUCUUUUAGGGGUCUUAUUGAGAUUCAUAAUCACGUUGGUUUGGACGGGAAGAAGAAAAAGGUUCUCAAAGGUCUUGUUAGAAUUGGGUGUUGGUCGAUUUGGAAAAUGAGAAAUAAUGCGAGGUUCGAGAAUAAAGAGGUUAAAUUAGAGUACAUAUUCGGGGAGGUUAAGAAGAUAGGCUUUUUAUGGUUUAAGUCUAGGAAUAAAAAUGUUGAGACGACUUGGGUUGAUUGGUGUAAGUUUGUAAAUUUGUAA